CAGAAUUGUGUGGACCCCAGGCUGCACAUUGUUAUCGUUGGAGCCACGGUCCAGAUCGAUUCUACGAGAUUCUCGCGCGCUUCUCAUCACUUUCUAAGUCACUCCGGAGUAUUUUCUGCUCGGAUCGGAUAAAUACAUUUGCCUUCUGGUAUACGGGAGCGAUUCUAUUCGCGGCAGACACCAUAAUGCAACCAAACGAGGUCAACCCCGUUAGCGAUACAAUCGAAACCGAUGCUAAAGAGCCCUUCCACGAGCCAGUCUCUGCUUCAAGCACCAGUGAAGAUGCGGAGGCGAAUAGAAACGAGCAACCCGACAGACAACAAUCCCUCAGGGAAAAGCACGAUGCGAGUGGUGACGCGGGUGAUGCUCCAGAGAAAUCAGACGCCAUUCUCGAGGGCCAGCAAGAACCGGCAAUUGAUGGACCUCCGGAUGGCGGGCUUGCAGCAUGGUUGACUGUCGUCGGGGGCUUCUGCAGCAUGUUUGUCAGUUUCGGUUGGACGAAUUGUAUGGGUAUAUUCAUCGACUACUACCAAACCCACCAACUGAGCAACAUGUCCACCAGCUCAAUCACAUGGGUCACCUCAUUAAUGACGUUCAUGAUGUUUUUCGGGGGCCCAUUCGUAGGCAUCUUAUUUGACAACUACGGUCCGCGCUACAUCAUCCUCGGCGGCACAAUCCUGCACGUCUUCGGUAUCAUGAUGACCUCCAUCUCCACAGAAUACUACCAGAUCCUCCUGGCGCAGGGCAUCUGCAGCCCCAUUGGAACCAGCGCUCUCUUCCACGCCAGCAUCAACUCCAUAAGCACCUGGUUUCGCCUCCGUCGCGCCCUUGCUCUCGGCAUCGCGACCGCAGGCGCCAGUCUCGGUGGUGUAAUCCUUCCCAUCAUGUUGACCCGACUCUUCAAUAUCCUCGGCUUCGGCUGGGCCAUGAGAAUCUGCGGCUUCCUGAUUCUCUUUCUUCUCAUCAUCACCAACUUCACCAUGAAAUCGCGUCUCGUGCACCGCCGAAAGCAAUUCCGUGUGAUGGACUUCAUCCGUCCUCUCCGCGAACUCCCCUUCAUCCUAACCACAGCCGGAACCUUCUGCUUCUUCUGGGGCAUGUUCCUCCCCUUCUCCUUCAUCCCCUCCCAAGCCGAACGAUACGGCAUGUCCUCCACCCUCGCAGCAUACUUGAUCCCCAUCCUCAACGCCUCCAGCACCCCCGGCCGCAUAAUCCCGACCUACCUCGCGGACCUCUUCGGCCGCUUCAACCUCAUGAUCCUCAUGACCCUUUUAUCCGGCAUCCUCGUCGUCGCCCUCUGGCUCCCCAGCCACGGCAACGCCCCCGCCAUCGUCUUCAGCGCCCUCUACGGCUUCACCUCCGGCACCGUCGUCUCGCUCGCCCCCGCCCUCGUCGCCCAAAUCUCCGAGAUCCGCGAAAUCGGGGUCCGCAGCGGCACGUACUUCUUUAUUGUUUCGUUUGCGGCGUUAACGGGGACGCCGAUUGCGGGCGCGUUGUUGCCGGAUCCGUUGCAUGGGUCGUAUAGACAUUUGUUUGUCUUUUGUGCGGUGGUGAUGUUUGCCGGGUGUGGGUUUUAUUGUUUGGCGAAGGUGAGGAUGGUGGGGUGGGGGGUUUGGAGUAGAGUUUGAG